GAAAGAGGUGAUGGAAUACUGACGAUAAGGCGAUACGCCUAGAAACGUCUCGACUUUUUUUCUAUCAUCACACAAUAUUGGGUACAUGAAGAUAGAUAUCUUUCCGGAUUCAGGUAGUGUAUGCACUCUUCUUUAAAUGCGUUGAGCACUUUUAAGCAUCCAUUUGAUUGUAAGAUAUCUUAGAUUAUAUCCUACGUUUGUUUGAAACAAAGUCGUUCUUCGAAUACGAAAGCGUGCUAUUCAAUCGGGAUAACGAGACACCCGUUAGUGACCUUGAGAGUCAACUCGACAACACAAACAGCUCAACUCCACUUCUCGCGCACGCAAAUUUUACCUUCCCAUUUGAGAUUGAACAUACAGAUUUCGGUCCACUUCAAGACUAUUAGACUUUUCAAUUCGAAGAUAUACAUUUGAGUUCAAGGCAUGAUGAGUUCAAACAUGCGUGGGGUGGGGGAGGCGCAAGGCAUUGGUCAGGCUUUGAAGGGUAUGUUGGGAAAAGCCACCACGACGGUACCGGAACAGAGGAAUGACAUAGUGCAGCUGGUCAAUAGGGCCAGUGAAAGCAAGAGUCCAUAUGUUCGCGCUCAUUCUGCGAAUCCGGUGGCAUGGCAGCUUUGGGGAGAUGAAGCAAUUGACUUGGCGCGCCGGGAAAAUAAAUUGUUGUUCGUGAGCAUUGGCUACAGCUCCUGCCAUUGGUGCCAUAUAAUGGAGCGCGAGUCAUUCGAAAACGAAGAGGUAGCUGCGAUACUAAAUAGCUCAUUUAUACCCAUCAAAAUCGAUCGCGAAGAACGUCCGGAUAUUGAUAGAAUUUAUAUGAAUUUUGUACAAGCCACAACUGGUUCUGGAGGAUGGCCGUUGAAUGUCUUUUUGACACCAAGUCUGGAGCCAGUGUUUGGGGGUACAUAUUGGCGGGGACCAAGUAAGACGACAGAUUUCGAAGAUCAGGUCGACUUUUUAGGUAUCUUGGAUAAAUUGAGUACUGUUUGGUCAGAGCAAGAAUCACGAUGUAGACAGGAUUCAGCACAAAGUCUGCAGCAGUUGAAAGAUUUCGCCAAUGAGGGUACCUUGAGUAACAGGCUGGGGGAGGGUGUGGACAAUAUUGAUCUCGAGUUAUUGGAAGAAGUCACUGAACAUUUCGCUAGUAGCUAUGAUAAGGCAAACGGAGGGUUUGGAUCAGCUCCAAAAUUUCCUACCCCUUCGAAAAUUGCCUUCUUGCUCCGUUUGGGCCAAUUCCCACAAGCUGUAGUUGACAUUGUUGGACUUCCUGAUUGUCAAAAUGCUAGAGAAAUCGCUAUUACGACUCUUCGAAAAAUGGCUCGUGGUGGAAUUCAUGAUCACAUUGGAAAUGGCUUUGCUAGAUAUUCUGCCACUGCUGAUUGGUCUCUUCCUCACUUCGAAAAAAUGCUUUACGACAACGCACAGCUUCUACAUCUCUAUUUGGAUGGCUUUCUUUUGUCGCGAGACCCGGAGUUUCUAGGAGUCGCAUACGAUAUCGCGAAUUAUCUGACGACCACUCUUUCACACUCGGAGGGAGGGUUUUAUUCAAGCGAAGAUGCCGAUAGUUAUUACAAAAAUGGCGAUUCCGAGAAACGAGAAGGCGCCUAUUAUGUUUGGACUAAACGAGAAUUUGAAAAUAUCCUUGGCAGCGAACGUGGACUAAUACUUUCAGCUUUCUUCAACGUCACUGGUCAUGGUAAUGUAGGGCAGGAGAAUGAUCCACAUGACGAAUUUAUGGACCAGAACGUAUUAGCCAUUUCAAGCACUCCAUCUGCAUUAGCAAGCCAAUUUGGUAUCAAGGAGUCUGAAAUCAUAAAAGUUAUCAAGGAAGGCAAAGCGCAAUUAAGAAGACGUCGAGAAACUGACCGGGUAAAGCCGGCUAUGGAUGACAAAGUCGUUGUCAGCUGGAAUGGUAUUGCAGUAGGGGCUUUGGCUAGAUUAUCCUCUGUUAUCAACGGGUUUGACCCAGUUAAGGCUCAAGAGUACCUAGAUGCAGCCCUCAAAGCAGCUACAUUCAUUAAGAAAAACUUAUAUGAUGAUAAAGCUAAGAUUCUCUACCGGAUUUGGCGUGAAGGACGAGGUGAUACUCAAGGAUUUGCGGACGAUUAUGCAUUCUUGAUUGAAGGACUUAUCGAUUUAUAUGAAACUACUUUCGAUGAGAAGUGGCUUCAAUGGGCCGACGAACUUCAACAAUCACAAAUAAAUCUUUUCUACGACAAAAAUGGCACAGGCGCAUUCUUCUCGACCACCGUCUCUGCUCCAAACGUGAUCCUUCGUCUCAAAGAUGCCAUGGAUUCUUCCGAACCUUCUACAAAUGGUAUCUCUUCCUCAAAUUUGUAUCGCCUAUCUUCAAUGUUCAAUGACGAAUCUUAUGCAAAGAAGGCGAAAGAAACUGUGAAAAGUUUUGAAGCCGAAAUGUUACAAUAUCCGUGGUUAUUCCCUAGUUUCAUGCCGGCAAUUGUAGCUAGCCACUUGGGUGUAAAGAGUGUGGUGAUUCAUGACGCAGCUGGUGAUGAUUUAGGGGGAAGAUGGGUUCAAGAAUUUGAAAAGAAGCCCCGAGGCUCUUUGGGAUCGAUUCUUCGGUUAAAUUCUUCGGGGGGAAAUGGCCAGUGGUUGAGAGAGAGAAAUCCAUUGUUGAAGGAUGCAGGGAAGAGCGACAAGACUAAGAUACUUGUCUGCGAAAAUGGGGUGUGUAAAGAAGAGGAGGAGCCAAUCUUUGUGGACUCGGGUGUAAAGAUGGAGGAAAGUCCUAUGGGAAAUGAUAGUUUUCAAUUGACCGGUUUGAAAGAAUCAUUAUCGGGCUUGGAAGGAAGUACAAAUAAGAGUCAAGGGGAGACAGUCCUGAAGGGAAAUCUACAGCAAGCAGAUCUUGUGGCUAAAAGUAACGUCGCGGAUAAAGGAAAGGAAAAUUAGGUACACGUGAAAAGGAAAAUAUAUGGUUAGCUAUGAUGGCGUCAUUUUUGAUAGGGAUUUAGCGGGGUUUCAGAGACGUAUGGUAUGGUAUAGCAUGUAUACAAGGAACAGAUUUCGCUCACUUGCUUUACUUGUUUCUCGAUGUUCUCUCUGUCUGCUCUUGGUGAUAUGUACCUGAUGGCUAGUGUGUUUUCCAAUUUGGAGUUAUGAUUACAAACAACUCUAGAAGAGUGCAAUGGUGGUAGGUCGCUCGGCUUUUCCGGAAUCGUUAUUAAUGAGACUUGUGGAUUCUCA